GCCAGGACCACUGUAGAGGAGGCAUCACAUCUCUACGACACGACUUGACUAUAUGGUUAAAUUAUUUCACUCUGCCGCAACCAUGAAUAUUGAGACACGACAAAGAGGACUGAUGCUAUCGUUGUCACUGGUAACAUGGCAACUGCUUGCUGCAAAUUUGGUUUAUGGUGCAGCUGGAAUAGUGGCAGAUAACUAUAACUCUGCGACCACGGGAGUUGGAGACAGAACGUACAGUGGCAGUGGCGGUCAGUAUGCUUCUACAAAGGAUAAUGCAGUUGCGAACACACUUGCUGAUUAUCUAAAAGGAUUCAGUGGCAGUGGAGGGCGAAGUGGCAGCGGCGUCAUUGGAAUGAAUGACUUUGGUCAGCGUCACGACCAGCAACAAGAGUCUAUAGGAUACCAUCCAAUUUCGUACGGCAGCAACCAAAAUCGAUACGGGAACAGCGGCAGUUCUGGUAGUGGGGGAGGAGGCAGCAGCAGCAGCAGCAACGAACAACAAAGCCACAUCUCUGCUGGCUAUCAACCAAGGAUAUACCAUCAGUCUCCUGUGUCCGAGGAGUCAGAACAUUCAUAUGAGGUUCCCCAUCAUCAUCAACAUCAAAGCGACAUUGAUAAGUUCAGGGAAAAUAAUUUCUCGCAUCAAUAUGGACAGGAAUCGUCUGAGAACACCGAUGGUGGCGGCGGUGAUGGUUAUUAUUCGGCUAGUGGUAAUGAAGGGUCUUCAUCCAUUGAUUAUCAUCAGAACCAUCCGGAACUAACCACUUCUCAGCAUCAGCAUACAGAUGUAAUUAACUACGUUCCCUAUCCUGUUGUCAAGAAGGUCCAUAUACCCUAUGCUAAACCAGUGCAGAUACCCGUUUCGAAUGCCAUCCUUGUGCCAAUCCGUCGGCCCGUCCCAAUACACAUCCCCAUAACAAAACAAAUCCAAGUCCCUGUCGAGAGGGAACUCAAGAUUCCGGUUGAAAAGCUGGUGCCGUAUCCUGUUGAAAAGCAUGUUCCCGUACCGGUGGAGAAACAUGUGCCCUAUGAAGUGGUAAAGUAUGUGCCGGUUAAAGUACCCAAGCCCUAUGCGGUUAAAGUACCUGUUGUAAAAACAGUGGUGCAUAAAAUCAAACAGUGGUGGUAAAAUAAGAGGAAGAGGAAGUUGAAUGUGAUUGCUUUCAAGUAGAAAUAUAAAAUUUUCAUU